GAUCUCAGAUCGCAGACCUCAGAACUCCAUUGAAGCUCAGCGUUUCCACACGACGUCUUGACCCCUCGGCGCGCGAGGCGUCAGGCUGGACAAACUCUAUGGCAUCAAGCGCCACAGGGGAAGAUUCCAAGUUCUGUGUGAUUUUGGGUGCACAGUGGGGAGACGAAGGUAAAGGGAAGCUGGUGGACAUUUUAGCACAGAAGGUUCAACUCUGCGCCCGCUUUAACGGUGGGGCCAAUGCUGGCCACACCUUGGUGGUCGAGGGCAAGAAGUAUGCGUUUCAUCUCUUGCCUUGUGGGAUGAUCAACAAGGCGUGCAAGAACCUCAUUGGAAAUGGCGUAGUGGUUCACAUUCCCACCCUGAUGAAAGAGAUCCAGGAGCUCAAAGACUUCGAUGCCCGUGCGCUGGAGCGGAUUUUCAUUUCCACCCGCGCUCACAUCCUCUUCGACAGCCAUCAGAUCAUCGAUGGCAUCCUGGAAGCGGAGCAGGGGACCAACUCGAUCGGCACCACGAAGCGCGGCAUUGGGCCGUGCUACUCUGCCAAAGCGAUCCGGAACGGUCUUCGCUUCGGCGAUCUGCUGCAUUUCGAGGAGUUCGAGCGUCGCUUGCGCGAGCUCAUCGCCUGGUCGCAGAAGCGCUUUGGCGACCCACGUGAACGGGACACCCCGGCCCAGUUGCAGCUCCGUAAGGCCUUGCGGGAGUACAACACCAAGUACGCCUUCGACCCCGAGAACGGCCAGAAGGGCGGCGUGGAGAACAUCGAGGAGGAAGUGGCCCGAUACCGGCAGUUCGCGCAAAUCUUACGGCCUCAAAUCGUGGACAGUGUGACUCUGAUUCACGAGGACAUUUCGCGGGGCUACAAGGUCUUGGUCGAAGGCGCCAACGCUGCGCUUUUGGACAUCGACUUUGGGACCUAUCCGUUCGUCACCUCCUCCAACACCACUGUCGGAAGCGUGUGCACAGGUUUGGGUGUACCACCUAAGCAGAUUGAUACCGUCAUCGGUGUGGUGAAGGCGUAUACCACUAGGGUGGGUCAUGGGCCCUUCCCCACCGAGCUUCAAAACGAAGCACAGACGUUGGAGGACCAUCUUGAGACCUACGUGGGCCCCGAGCAGUCCAUGGAACGGAAGGGGCAUGCCUCCGGGCCAUACAGCUUAAAGCCCGGCCAGCAGGUGAGAGUGGGGGAGAUGCUUCAAGAGGUGGGCCACGAGUACGGCACCACCACGGGCCGGCGCCGGCGCUGUGGCUGGUUGGAUUUGGCACUGGUGAAGUAUAGUGCCAUGGUGAAUGGCUUUGAUAGCAUUAACAUCACCAAGUUGGAUGUCCUCACCGGCCUCAAACAGUUGCGAGUCGCCAUUGCGUACCGCAACAAGCGCAUGACAGAGGUGAGGUUACCUUGUGGCUACUUCCCGUCACAUUUGGAAGACCUGAAGGAGGUGGUAUGCGAAUAUGAGACCCUCGAAGGCUGGAGCGAGGAUAUCUCAACGUGCAGUCAUUUCAAAGAGCUGCCCCUGAAUGCCAAGAAGUACGUCCUCAGGAUUCAAGAAUUGCUGGGCAUUCCAGUUUCCUGGGUUGGAGUCGGUCCGGACCGCGAAAGUAUGUUUCCAGUGGAUGAGGCCAUCGUCCGCCCGGAUGGUUCGAUCUCGGCAUCUCCAAACUUUCCCUCUAGCCCAAUGAGAGGGGCAAUGAGCCCGCGUGGUCCGAGUCCCACCAUGUGAGAUGCGCGGUCCGUACUCGUUUGGGCGCUGGGCUUACAGCAGAUCGAAAAGUACACGGUUGC